AUGCAGGAGACGCCGAGCGAACGAGCUUUGGUAGCGAAGGAGAAAGGCGUCUGCUUUAACUGUCUUGGAGGAAAACAUCGUAGUGUUGACUGUCGUUCGAAACCGGCCUGCGAAUCGUCAGGCUGCCGUGCUCGUCAUCAUUCACUGUUGCAUGGUGCGGAAAGAGUUUUUCCCGAGAAAAACGGACAACGCCAUAUUCCGCCUUCCAUCGGGGGCCAAGAUUACGCUCAAGGACCUCAAACGCUUGCGAUCGCUCACCGCCUUUCGUCCGAUGUUCUCUUGGCCGUGGUUCCCGUACGACUUCGAGCUGGAUGCCGGACUUUGGACUUUUUCGCUCUUCUUGAUACUGGCAGCCAAGCUACCCUUUUGCGUGAAGACGCGGCCCAGGCACUCGGCCUGAAAGGACGACCCCGAAAAGUUCGUUUCGGGACCUUCUAUGGGAAAGAUCCGGUAGUCGACACUCAUCUAGUCGAUUUCGCUGUUUCGUCGCUGGGGGGUGACCAUGACUGUCAAGUGUCCGACGCCUUCGUGGUACCUCAUCUUAAUGUUGGUCAGCGCAAAAUGACCGAUGUUCUCGCCUCCUUCGAGUAUCUUCGUGGUCUCAACUUUCCCGCACGGAAUGCUACCGAAGUUCAAGUUUUGAUCGGCAUGGACGUCCAAGACGCUCACCUGAACCUGGAAGAGAAUGGGGUUGCAAGUGUAAAUUUCGUUAAGUUGGGAACGGUCCAACAGCUGGAAGAGUCCGUCGAAAGGUUCUGGAAGACUCAAUUUCUACCAGUUCGUGAGGCCCCGAAGACUUUUAUGUCCGCGCUCGACCGGGUCGCCCUCGAACAACUCGAAUCGGCCAUUCGUCACACGGGAACGCGUUAUGAGGUUUGUUUGCCUGUUCGCCCAGAUUGCCCUGAGUUGCCCGACAACAGGGAGUUUGCACGCCGGAAAUUUUUCGCCUUGGAGAGAAGACUUCUUUCAAACGAUGAUCUUCGCCGAGCAAUCGUGGAGCAGAUGCAGGAAGUGUUCAGCAACGGACACGCCGUUAAAGUCACGUCGCCGGCCCCAGGUUCGAAAGUCUGGUUCCUACCGUAUCAUCCGGUUCGUCAUCCCAGUAAACCAAACAAGUUUCGUCUCGUCUACGACGCCGCGGCCCAUUUCAAGGGAACGGCCAUUAAUGACAUACUGCUAAAAGGUCCUGAUCUUACCACGCAGUUGCUCGCCGUGUUGCUUCACUUUCGUGAAAGAAGAAUUGGGGUUACAGCGGACAUUGCGAGAAUGUUCUACCAGGUUCUUGUUCGCGAAUCUGAUCGUCCGAUGUUUUGCUUCGUAUGGCGUGAUCCUGGGACGGAAGAAGAUCUUCAGGAGUUCGAGAUGACGGUGCAUCUUCGGUGCUGUCUCUUCACCCACGGCCUGCAGUUUCGCCCUACAACGCCUCGAAAAGGAUGCGCCUGUCCACCUUCAAGAAGUCGCGAGCCGUAUCCGUUCCGACUUUUAUGUGGAUAA